GACUGGAAGGGGCGAGGAGUGACUCAUAUUACAGCGCGACCUUCCCUCCCCUGGCCGCCAAGCCGUAGCUUUAAAAGGAAGUGACAUGGGUGGGGAGAGACGUCAGUGAGGACCACUCUUUUCCUUCCGAAGGGCCCACCCCUUGGGUGGAGUCUGCUUUUCUUCCCGGGUUGGCUGACUUACCGCUCCUGUGAAGUGGUGGCAGCCUCCGAACCCAGCGCUCCAGGCAGCGUCUGGCUCUCAGUCCAUGUGCCCGGGCCGCCGGGAAGGAGCCGCCUUUCCUGAGUCCUGGGUCUUCCCUGCGCCUGGACACAUUCUACCACAGCUACUCAUUUAUCUUGGACAAGAGCGCCGCGCGUCAUGGACCUGGUUGGACUGCUGAAGUCUCAGUUCCUGUGCCACCUGGUCUUCUGCUACGUGUUCAUUGCCUCGGGGCUCAUCGUCAACACCAUCCAGCUCUGCACGCUGGUCCUCUGGCCCAUUGACAAGCAGCUCUUCAGGAGGAUCAACUGCAGACUGUCCUACUGCGUCUCCAGCCAGCUGGUGAUGCUGCUGGAGUGGUGGUCGGGCACGGAGUGCACCAUCUACACCGACCCCGGCGCCUUCCCCAAGUACGGAAAGGAGAACGCCAUCGUCAUCCUCAACCACAAAUUCGAGAUCGACUUCCUCUGCGGCUGGAGCCUGGCCGAGCGCUUCGGGAUCUUGGGGAACUCCAAGGUCCUGGCCAAGAAAGAGCUGUCUUACGUCCCAAUCAUCGGCUGGAUGUGGUACUUCACAGAAAUGAUCUUCUGCACACGCAAGUGGGAGCAAGAUCGCCAGACGGUCGCCAGGAGCCUGCUGCACCUCCGGGAUUAUCCCGAGAAGUACCUCUUCCUGAUCCACUGCGAGGGCACCCGGUUCACUGAGAAGAAGCACCAGAUCAGCAUGCAGGUGGCCCGAGCCAAGGGGCUGCCCAGCCUCAAGCACCACCUGCUGCCACGCACCAAGGGCUUCGCCAUCACUGUGAGGUGCUUGAGAGACGUAGUUCCAGCUGUAUAUGACUGUACACUCAAUUUCAGAAAUAAUGAAAAUCCAACACUGCUGGGAGUCCUAAAUGGAAAGAAAUAUCAUGCUGAUUGCUAUGUGAGGCGGAUCCCAAUGGAAGAUAUCCCUGAAGACGAGGACCAGUGCUCCGCCUGGCUGCACAAGCUCUACCAGGAGAAGGAUGCCUUUCAGGAGGAAUACUACCGGACCGGUGUCUUCCCAGAGACCCCCCGGGUCCCUGCACGGCGGCCCUGGGCCCUGCUCAACUGGCUGUUCUGGGCCUCGCUGCUGCUUUACCCUUUCCUCCAGUUCCUGGUCAGCAUGGUCAGCAGCGGCUCUUCUGUGACACUGGCUAGCUUCAUCCUUGUCUUCUGCAUGGCUUCCAUGGGAGUCCGAUGGAUGAUCGGUGUGACAGAGAUUGACAAGGGCUCUGCCUACGGCAACAUCGACAACAGACAGAAGCAGAGUGACUGACUCGGGGACGAGCCGCCUCCGAUAGGAACCUGGGGAACGGGUGGUCUCUGCAUAGCCUUCUGAGUGGGACGCGGUGAUGAGGUGGGGCCAGCCCCUGCUGGGACGAGCACACAUCAAGGUCUUUCCCGCCAUGGAGUUUGGUCUCGGAGGUGGACGGGGACAACGGCGCUCCCAGAGCUUUUCUUCCCUGUGUCAUUCGGUGUGUUCUGGUGUUCUCUUCACUCGUGUCUGUGUGCGUGUGUGUGCGUGUGCAUGUGUGUGAGCCGGGCAGGGGAGAGCGUGUGCGGCUGUGUGUGAGCCUGCCUCUGGGAGAAUGCGAAGGGUCUCGGAGGCUGCGGGGCAGCAGGGCUGGGACAGAGGGGCCAGGACCCCGCCAUCCUCUGGUGCUGAGUCUUCUGUAACCCUGAUUGCCAGAGACAGCAAAAAGUGCUUUAGGUAAGAUGACUAAAUUAUGCCUCGAAAAACAAUUAAAGAGUUUGUCUGGGUCACCUGUGGUGCGUGUUUAC